AUGAACCUUGGUACGGGUACACAGGAGCUUGGUCUGGACCAGAGAGAGCGGCGUGCGGACUCUCCUGUACAUACUCAGACUAGUAGUGGCUCAGCUGAGCCUGAAGGGCAGAUGAGGAAUGUCCCGGCAUUUGCAAACAGCCCUUCAAAAAACUUCAGCACGCAGUGGUGGACAGCAUCUAUGGGGUACGGGUUUCUAGGCAUCAUGAGCCCAUUGGGUAUUCAAUAG